AUGGGGUCUGUGUCUGAGCUGAAGUUCACUAUUCAGCAGAUUCCUCACAGUGGUGUAGUGCGUCAGUCGUGGAGUUCCUCUGUUUUGAGUUCCUUCAGUGCUCUGAUGUCGUCCGUCCCGCUGGUCUUUAGGCUUCAGCCGGAUAUGGAGUUGCUGUGUAAUGGUCCAGGGACGUGUGUCCCACUGUGUGCCACUGGGCUGCUCCUGGGCGUCCUGGGACUAAAAAGAGUCUUGAUCAUCUAUGUGGAAAGCAUCUGUCGUGUGGAGACACUGUCUCUAUCCGGGAAGAUCCUCUACUACUUUUCUGACUGCUUGUUUGUGCAGUGGGCAUCACUGAAAGACAAAUACCCGAAGGCCAUCUACUUAGGGAGACUGGUGUGAAGAGAAAUCCCUUUCUGUAGACUUUUCAUGUCUUUAUGAUUU